GUAAUCUGCAUAAAUUGAUAUCAGACUUGUUUUAAAACUGACAAAUAUAGAUUCAGUUUUUGUUAUGAUAUACUUGUAGCUGGUGAAUAAAACACAUUCGCUGUAUACAGGGAAAAUUUCUUUUCGAGCGAACUACCACAUUGUAUAAAAUGUUGAAACAGGAAGCUUUUUCGUUUUUCUAAAACGCAUAUACUUUUGUAAGGACGAACGACAAACAAUAAUAUUGAUCAAAAUGAUUGGGACGUUUAUUUGUUUAAAAUGUAUUUUGAUAUAUUUCCAUUUAACAGCAGCCCAGUUAUCUCAAAAGGAAACGUUGAAGAAUAUUACAGAAUGCGUUCUCAAUGCCGGUAUUAGAUUAACCUGUGCAGGGGACGAGGUGAUUGCAAUACAUUCCCUACAAUAUGCCUACCACGUCCGUUGUGAUGGAACAUGUUGUAAUACCUAUACAAGUACGCACUGCUUUGCUGAUGCUGAAGAUACAGACAUUCAAGACAUCCGUCGUGACUGCUCAGGCAGGUCGUCCUGCAACGUACUUAACCUUCCAGAUAAAGUAUCCUUCUGCUCAUUCGGUUUAAAGGACAUUUCUUAUGUAUUUCUACAAUACUUUUGCAUACCAGAGGAAAGACUAGCUUCCAUAUGUUCAAACGGACAAACACUUACGUCAGACGAUGCUCCACUCUAUUUGACAAAUGAUAAUUAUCCGAGUGUAACGACCGGAAGUGAAUCAUGCUCCUGUUCCCUUGAAGUAUACUCCUGCUCUUCCAGCAUUAACAUGUACAUAAUGGACGCAGAUCUGUACUUAGAUACAAGUAAUUGCUACCAGACCUUAGAAUUUCUAGAUGGAUCUGAUAAAACUCUGUAUGUGAUUGGUUGUGAAAGUCACUACUUGAACCAAAUAGAAAACAACACAGCGAAUAGCCAUUAUCUAAAAAUAGAUUUCAUCAAUAACAGUACGUCAAACCAAGAAGGAUAUUUUUUCAUUGGCCUCGAAGCUUCAGAGUCUGGAGCAUCUUUCCGCCUCAGCUGCAGCUAUGAAAAAGAAACAUGGUGUGCCGGAUGUGGUGAUGUACCAGUGAUCGCGAAUGGAAAUGUAGAACUCAGCAAUGUGAACGAUUCCUCCUACGAAGCAGCAGCAAAUGUUAUCUGUGAUUCAGGAUAUGAAACAAAUACGCCUACUAUAAAUUGUCUUGCUAAUGGUACAUGGCCUGAUCCGGUUUGUACAGAGAAAGACUGUGGGACAUUGCCAGCAAUUUCUUCAGGAAAAUACGAACUAGUCGGUUCCAGUACAACAUUUGGAGCUUCGGCUAGAGUCAUGUGUGAUGAAGGGCAUAAGGCUGAUAAACAAAGUGUAAAUUGUCAGUCCACAGGGAUAUGGGGAUCCGCUGUCUGCACGUUGGCAGAUUGCGGAACAGUGCCGGACGUAGUCAAUGGUAAUGUAACUCUUAACAAAGACAACAACACGACGUUUGCAGCUACUGCUUCUGUAGCAUGUGAAGAGGGAUAUCAACCAGCUAAAGUCUCAAUAACUUGCCAGGCUUCAGGAAAGUGGGAAACGCCUUUGUGUGAAACCGUCGAUAAAAGCACACCUUCAUAUGGUGGGUCUAAAGAUGACAAACCAGCAUUAAACCUUGUGCUUAUCAUUAUCAUUGUAAUUCUGUGCACGUUAUUCCUUGUACAGCUCGGAAUUAUGUGCUUUCUUCAAUGCAAGAUACAUAGCAUACGAAACAGAGCAUCAGCCCAGUUAUCUCAAAAGGAAACGUUGAAGAAUAUAACAGAAUGCGAUCUCAAUGCCGGUAUUAGAUUAACCUGUGCAGGGGACGAGGUGAUUGCAAUACAUUCCGUACAAUAUGCCUACAAUGUUAGUUGUGAAGGAACAUGUUGUCACACCUAUACAAGUACGCACUGCUUUGCUGAUGCUGAAGAUACAGACAUUCAAGACAUCCGUCGUGCCUGCUCAGGCAGGUCGUCCUGCAACGUACUUAACCUUCCAGAUAAAGUAUCCUUCUGCUCAUUCGGUUUAAAGGACAUUUCUUAUGUAUUUCUACAAUACUUUUGCAUACCAGAGGAAAGACUAGCUUCCAUAUGUUCAAACGGACAAACACUUACGUCAGACGAUGCUCCACUCUAUUUGACAAAUGAGAAUUAUCCGAGUGUAACGACCGGAAGUGGAUCAUGUUCCUGUUCCCUUGAAGUAUACUCUUGCUCUUCCAGCAUUAACAUGUACAUAAUGGAUGCAGAUCUGUACUUAGAUACAAAUAAUUGCAACCAGAUCUUAGAAUUUCUAGAUGGAUCUGAUAAAACACUGUAUACGAUUGGUUGUGAAAGUCACUACUUGAACCAAAUAGAAAACAACACGGCGAAUAGCCAUUAUCUAAAACUAAAUUUCAUCAAUAACAGUACAUCAUACCAAGAAGGAUAUCUUUUCAUUGGCCUCGAAGCUUCAGAGUCUGGAGCAUCUUUCAAGCUCAGCUGCAGCUAUGAAGAAGAAACAUGGUGUGCCGGAUGUGGUGAUGUACCAGUGAUCGCAAAUGGAAAUAUAGAACUCAGCAAUAUGAAUGAUUCCUCCUACGAAGCAGCAGCAAAUGUUAUCUGUGAUUCAGGAUAUGAAACAAAUACGCCUACUUUAAAUUGUCUUGCUAAUGGUACAUGGCCAGCUCCUGAUUGUACAGAGAAAGCCGCCUGUACAGCAAGUCAGUGGAGAUGUACUAAUGGAGACUGUGUGUUAGACAGUCAGAGAUGUGAUAAUGUUCCCGACUGCACGGACCAGUCUGAUGAAGAAAACUGUGGUGAUUGUUUGCAACGUCCACUGGAGACUGUAGAGACUGGUGUUUCUUCAAACAUAGGAGCUUUCGUCGGUGUUGGCGUUGGUACUUUCGUAACCACCCUAAUUAUUGUGACCAUUGUUUUUACCCUUUACAGAUGCCUGCGACUUAGACGAAAGCAUACACAGAAAGAUGUAAACAAUGUUCGUGAUGCUCAUAGACAAAAAACAGGCACAGGAAUUGAUAGCGAAACUUCGUUAACAUAUGAAAGUCUAGAUGACACUAAAAAGGAAAGAAAUCUGUACAGCCAGCUUUCAGCUUCAAACGAAUAGCUUGACUAAGUCACAAAAGAAAAUAACGCUUAGUCACAUGAAAAUGGAAACAACAUCGCAUGAUAUUUCAGACUACAUCAAUGUCAAAAUAUAAAUAGAUAGUGGCAUUCAUUAGAUGAUUAAUCAAGAAUCCCUAUUGACAGUUUUAAUAAUAAGUGUUUGUAAUUUGCGUUGUGUGUUGUGCUGAUUGCUGCUAUCAUUACAUUUUCGAAUUUACAAAACAAUUGCCUUAGUAAAUUACCAAUUUUGAUAAAUUGUUUGUAUGCUAAGAAUAGUUAAGCUGAAACGAUCGAUCUACAAACUAGUAUAGAUCAGAAAAAGAAAUCUAGGCGCAAUCCUUGAUUCGAAAAUGGACAUGGAAAAGCAUAUAAGUGCCGCAUGUCGAUCUUGUUAUACACAGUUGCGUCAAAUACAACAUAUAAGGGACUACAUCACCUCCGAUGCCACAAAGUCGCUAGUAAACUCCCUGGUUACCGCACGUCUCGAUUACUGUAAUGGUCUUUUGUAUGGCAUUCCAAGGUCUUGUUUAAACAAACUUCAGAAUGUUCAAAAUGCGGCUACACGUCUAAUUACGAGAACACGCCGUAACGAGCACAUAACACCAGUGCGUAAAGAACUACAUUGGAUUCCUGUACCAAACAGGGUGGAGUUUAAGAUCCUGACCCACACCUAUAAAGCUCUUCAUGAUCGUGCCCCUAAAUACAUCAAGGACAUGCUUGAUGUAUACAGACCUUCAAGAAAUUUAAGAUCACAAAAUUCAAAUUUACUUGUUGUGCAAAAACCACGUACUGUAAAAUACGGUGACAGAGGUUUUCGACAUGCUGCACCAAGACUAAGGAAUGCUCUACCUAAUGACAUAAGAAACUGUGGAACACUCGCAUCCUUCAAAAAAUCAUUAAAAACACAUUUAUUUGUAAAAUACUAUGGACAGUGACAAUGCAUAUGUAAUAGUCUGACUGUGACUUUGUCAGCUUACCAAUCCUAAUUCUUUUCUUAGUCUCGUUAUGAAUUGUAUUUUAAACACUUCAGUGUUGUUUUCUGCGUAAAACUGUUUUAGAUGUAAUUUGUGUUUAACCAGACAAUUUGUGCUGUUUGUAGUCAUAUGCUUUAAAUUUUGAUGGAAUUAUGCCUCUUUUUAACUUAGAAAGUUUGGUUAAAGUUUUUGAUAAAGUAAAAUCAAAUAUCUCUGUUACUAUCAAAGCUAUUGACUUGAAACUUAAAAUACUUAUUUACCAUCCCAGGAGAAACAAUCCCCUUCAUUCUGAUUUGAAUUUUGACAGAAUUAUGCCCCUUUUUAACUUAGAUUUUUUUUAUUUAUUUUUUUUUUAAAUAUCUCUAAUGCUAUUAAAGCUCUGUACUUGAAACUCAAAUAGUUGUUUACAAUCAAAGUCUACACCAGGAGACACAAUUCCCAUAACUCUGAUUUGAAUUUUGACAGAAUUAUGCCCCUUUUUAACUUAGUAUUUUUGGUUAAAGAUUUUGAUAAAGUCAAAUAUCUCUGUUACUAUCAAAGCUUUUGGCUUGAAACUUAAAAUACUUACUUACCAUCAAAGUCUACACCAGAAGAAACAAUACCCACAACUCUGUUUUGGUUUUUGACAGAAUUAUGCCCCCUUUUAACUUAGAAUUUUUUGUUAAAAGUCAAAUAUCUCUGUUACUAUUAAAGCUUUUGACUUGAAACUCUAAAUAGUUAUUUACAAUCAAGGUCAACACCAGGAGACACAAUUCCCAUAACUCUGAUUAGAGUUCUGUCCCUUUUUAACUUGGAAUGUUUUUACUGGCAAAGCUCUAAUUCAGAGUCAAGCACUGAGAAAAGUCGAGCGCGCUGUCUUACGGACAGCUCUUGUUUUUUAGAUAGUCUCUUGUAAUUCUAUAUAGAAUGGCCAUUUACUGAUGAUAUGUAUGAUUUUUAUUGUUUGUAUAUAUAUAUAAAAUGUAAAUGGAUGAGACUCAAAUAAAAAAAUAAAAAUAUGCAUAGAUAUAUUGCAA